AUGAGGGCCCACGCUCUCACCCUUCACUGGCACACCGACAGCCAACCCAUCUACAGCGCCCACUUCCAGCCAUCGAGAUCUGGCAACGGCCGUCUCGCGACCGCAGGCGGCGACAACAGCGUUCGGAUCUGGCGCGUGAGUCUCUCAGACGACGGACUCUUUCCUUCCGUCACAUAUCUCUCGACCCUCGUCAAACACACCCAGGCCGUCAAUGUUGUUCGUUUCGACUUUAGUGGCGAAAUCCUGGCCUCGGCCGGCGACGACGGCAACGUCAUCCUCUGGUCGCUCGCAGACUCAGACGAGCCCCGCCACGCGUUUGGCGAAGACCCCGACGAGCGCGCGCACGACCACGAAACCUGGCGCAUAAGACACCUAUGCCGGUCCUCGAUGGCGGAGAUCUACGACCUCGCAUGGUCGCCGGACUCGCAGUACCUCAUCGCGGGCUCGAUGGACAACGUCGCGCGCAUCUACAGCGCCGCCACGGGGCUUUGCAUACGGCAGAUUGCAGAGCAUAAUCAUUAUGUCCAGGGCGUGGCGUGGGAUCCGUUGAACGAGUAUCUCGCCACGCAGAGCUCGGAUCGGUCCGUGCAUAUCUACACCCUCAAGUCGAAGGAUGGCCAGUUUGCGCUGCAGCAGCAUCACAAGAUAUCAAAAGCCGAGCUUCCUGUGGGCGCAAAACACGUCGUCGAUGUCGACGCCGCCGCCGCCGCCCCGUCGACUCCGGCAUCUGCCACCUCUGCUCCAAGCAGCUUCCCCGCGGUCUCUGAAUCGCCCUCGACCUCUGCCCCAAACACACCAUCAUCCUUCUCAAUGCAACCCCCCCCUCUCUCUGCGCACUCCCGCCGCUCCUCAUUCGGCAACUCCCCCUCUGUCCGCCGCUCGCCGUCCCCAUCCCCCGCGCUUCCCCUCCCGGCCGUGCGCCAGCUCGAUUCUCCCAACCUCGGCUUCCGCAUGUCGCAGCUCUACCACAACGAAGGCCUCACCUCCUUCUUCAGACGGCUGACCUUCACCCCGGACGGCAGUCUGCUGCUCACCCCCGCAGGCCAGUUCAAGCACACAAACAGCGCGACCGGCGUCGAGGAAACGACAAACACAGUCUACAUCUACACGCGCGCGGGGCUCAACAAGCCUCCUGUCGCGCACCUGCCGUUCCUCAAGAAACCCGCGACUGUCGUGCGCUGCUCGCCCGUGAAGUACAAGCUGCGGACCGCAAGCGAAUCCCGUCGCCAGACAACAAACAUCACAAUCGACUCCUCCGCGCCGGACGGCCUCGCAAUCCCAUCCCUUUCAGAAUCGGCGCUCCCGCCUCCGCCAUCGAUUCCCUCAACCUCCUCGACUGGUGCUGGCGCGCAGCAGGCGUUCGUGCUGCCGUACCGGAUCGUGUACGCUGUGGCGACGCAGGACUCGGUGUUCAUCUACGACACGCAGCAGACGACGCCGCUGUGCGUGGUCUCGAACCUGCACUACGCGACGUUUACCGACCUGACGUGGAGCGUGGACGGGCGCGUGCUGUUUAUGACCUCCACCGACGGGUUUUGCUCGGACGUUGUCUUUGAGCCGGGCGAGCUUGGCGAGGUGUACGGCGGUGGCGAGUGCGAUGCCGAUGAUGAGAAGAAAGCGGCGGAGGCUGAGAUGGAGAGAGAGAGUGGGACGUAUUACCCACCCACGCCGGCGUCUACUGUCGACCUUGAACUAACGACCUCGACGUCGUCUGUCGUCGCUGACGCCGCGCCGCUGCCGAAACCGAUUAUAAGUCCGGUGCCGAAUAUAGCAGAGCAUAGUACCUCCUCCUCCUCCACCGCGGCUCAGAAACGGGAGAAGGAGACGACCGAGGGGGCGGAGACGGGAGAGAAGGACGCGAAGAAGAAGAGACGGAUAGCGCCGAUGCUGAUAGGAGGUGUGCGGAAGCAGUAG